AUGUGGCAAGCUUCAGUCCGUCCCACCCCAGCUUUCCGGCCAACCUCCUUCAAGAUGCAGAUCAAAGAUCUCCUCACCGUCCUCGCUAUCCCAGCGGUGGUGCUCUCCGCAGCCAUCCCUCAGGAUCCCACUGAGAUCCCCGACUGGGACAACGGCAGCCAGGAGGACAUUGUCGGUGGAACAACCGCUAGCGCGGGUGAAUUCCCCUUCAUCGUCUCCCUCCAGCGCUCCGGCUCCCACUUCUGCGGUGGCACCCUUCUGAACGCCAACACCAUCCUCACAGCUGCUCACUGUGCUGUUGGCCAGACUGCCUCCAGCCUCACAGUUCGCGCUGGUUCCAACAGCCGUACCUCCGGCGGUGUUGUUGCCCGUGUUUCCUCCAUCAAGGUCAACCCUGGCUACGUAGCGAGCACCUACAACGGUGAUGUCGCCAUCAUGAAGCUGGCCACCUCCAUCCCUACCAGCUCCACCGUCUCGUACGCUACGCUCCCCGCGUCCGGAUCCGACCCUGCUGCUGGAACCACCCUCACCGUUGCUGGCUGGGGUACUACCUCUUCCGGCGGCCAGUCGCUCCCCGUCAACCUCCUCAAGGUUGAUGUUCCUGUCGUCUCUCGCAGCUCCUGCCAGUCUUCUUACGGCACCUCGGCUGUUACCGCCCAGAUGUUCUGUGCCGGUCUCUCCCAGGGUGGAAAAGACUCUUGCCAGGGUGACUCCGGCGGCCCUAUCGUCAACAAGUCCACCAAGGUCCUCCUCGGUGCCGUUUCCUGGGGUGAUGGCUGCGCUGCCCCCAACGCCCCUGGUGUGUACGCCAACAUUGGCCAAGCUACUCUCCGUAGCUUCAUUGCUGCCAACUUGUAA